GCAACGCCUAGUGAUGUUUCUAUCGGCCGAGUAAAAGUGCGGUACUGGUUUCAUUUUGUUUGUAAGAUUUCAGUCAGACGAAUUAGCCUUUGGACCAAGCUACGGAAUUGAAAACGUCGAUUAUAGACUCGGAUCAAGAUGCACGUAAAAUCCAUUAUUCUAGAGGGGUUCAAGUCCUAUGCCGAGAGGACUGAAAUCAAUGGAUUUGACCCGCUUUUUAAUGCCAUCACUGGAUUGAACGGCAGCGGCAAAUCCAACAUUUUGGACUCCAUAUGCUUUCUCCUGGGAAUAACAAACCUUGCCCAGGUGAGAGCAACCAACCUCCAAGAUUUGGUGUACAAGAAUGGUCUGGCUGGCAUCACGAAAGCUACCGUUUCAAUCACGUUUGACAACUCUGACAAGAAACAGAGCCCACUCGGAUUUGAGACCCACGAUGAAAUCACGAUAACCAGACAGGUGGUGAUCGGAGGGAGAAACAAGUACCUCAUCAACGGGGUGAACGCCAACAACACCCGCGUCCAGGAUCUGUUUUGCUCCGUUGGUCUCAACGUCAACAACCCACACUUCCUCAUCAUGCAGGGGAGAAUCACCAAAGUGUUGAACAUGAAGCCACCAGAGAUUCUGUCCAUGAUUGAGGAGGCUGCUGGGACACGCAUGUACGAGUGCAAAAAGAUCAGCGCUCAGAAGACCAUUGAAAAGAAAGAGGCCAAACUCAAGGAGAUCCAGACGAUUUUGGAUGAAGAGAUUACUCCAGCGAUGCAGAAGCUGAAAGAGGAAAGGUCGUCCUACCUGGAGUACCAGAAGCUGAUGCGUGAGAUUGAGCACCUGAGCCGGCUGUACGUGGCUUGGCAGUUUGUGGUGGCGGAGCAGACCAAGGUGAAGUCUGCGGCGGCGCUGCAGAGCAUGCAGGAGGCCAUCGGCAAGCUGAGAGAGAGCAUGGCCGAGAACGAGGCCAAGCUCAAGGCCCUCUCGCUGGAGAUCCAGGAGCUCGAGAAGAGAAAAGACAAGGAGACGGGUGGCGCCCUGAAAGCGCUGGAGACGACUUUGGCGGAGGUGCAACGUGUGGAUGCCAAGGCCCAGAGCGCCCUGGACAUGAAGAAGCAGAACCUCAAGGACGAGACCAAGAAGAGGAAGGAGCUUGUCAAGAACAUGGAGGAGGAUAAGAAGAUGCUGUCCUCUAAGGAGAAGGAGGUGGCCAAGGCGUCGGCGAGUCUGAGCGCGGUGCAGGAGGAAGGCCAGAAGGAUUCUGAGGCCCUGGAGGCGGCUCAGCAGCACUUCCGCGCCGUCUCGGCCGGCCUCUCCACCAACGAGGACGGAGAGGAGGCCACGCUGCAGGGCCAGAUGAUGGCCUGCAAGAACGACAUGAGCAAGGCAGACACCGAGGCCAAACAGGCCCAGAUGCGUCUGAAGCACGCUGAGCAGGAGCUGAAGAGUAAGCAGGCCCAGGUGAAGAAGAUGGACAGCGGCUACAAGAAGGACCAAGAGGCCUUCCAGGCCGUCACCAAGUGCAAGGACAAGCUGCAGGCCGAGAUGGACAAGCUCAACUACGAAGAUGGGCGAGAGGAGGGUCUGGUGGAGCGCAGGAGGCAGCUGGCCAAUCAGACCACUCGGCUGAGGGAGACCUAUGAGACCCUCAUGGGCCAGUUCCCAAACCUGCGCUUCGAGUACACGGAUCCAGAGCGUGGCUGGGACCGGCGUAAGGUGAAGGGGCUGGUGGCAAACCUGUUCACAGUGAAGGACGUGUCCACUGCCACUGCCCUGGAGGUGGUGGCUGGAGGCCGGCUCUACAAUGUGGUGGUAGACAACGAGGUGACUGGCAAGAAGCUCCUGGAGAAGGGCGAACUGAAGCGCCGCUACACCAUCAUCCCCCUUAACAAGAUAGCAGCCAGGACCCUCAAUGACAACGUGGUCAGGAGUGCCAAGGAACUGGUGGGUGCUGAUAAUGUGCACACUGCGUUGUCCCUGGUGGGCUCUGAGAGUGAGGUGCAGAAGGCCAUGGAGUACGUCUUUGGUACCACGCUGGUAUGUGACACCCUGGACAACGCCAAGAAGGUGGCCUUCGACAAGCGGGUCAGCACCAAGACUGUCACGCUGGGAGGAGAUGUGUUUGACCCGCAGGGAACGCUGACCGGAGGUGCUCGUCCCCAGAUGGCGUCCGUGCUGUCUAAGCUGGCGGAGGUGAAGGACGUGCAGGAUGAGCUGAGCACCAAGGAGGCCGAGCUGAGGGAGCUGGACAAGGAGAUGGCCAGCCUUAGAGGCACCGCAGACAGGUACCGUCAGCUGAAGCAGCAGCUGGAGUUGAAAAGUGAGGAGGCCCAGAUCCUGGAAAACAAACUACAGCAGAGCUCCUUUCACCAGCAGCAGGAAGAGCUGGAUGCCCUGCAGAAGACCAUCGAGGAGAGUGAGGCCACCAUGCAGAAGACCAAGGAGGUGCAGAAGAAGGCGGAGGAGAAGUUCAAGGUCCUGGAGAACAAGAUGAAGAACAAGGAGGCCGAGAGGGAGAAGGAGCUCAAGGACGCCCAGAAGAAACUCAACGACGCCAAGAGCAAGGCAGACGCCUACCACAAGAAGUUGAAGGAGAGACAGCAGGAGGUGGACACAGUGAGUCUGGAGCUGGAGGAUCUGAAGCGUGAACAGACAGGCUACCAGCAGCAGAUCGAGGCUGUGGACGAGGUCAUGAAGGGCAUCCAGGAACAGAUUGAUGCUAUGGCAGAGACCGUCUCAACCAACAAGGAGGCGGUGAAGAGGGCUCAGGAGGAGUUGCGUGUCCAGAAGGAGGUGCUGAUGGAGCAGGAGCGGGAGAUCAAGGGCAAGAGCGGAGAGGCCGAGCACCUGCACACCCUCAACAACGAUGCCCAGCUCAAGAUCAAGGAGUCGGAACACAACAUCAGCAAGCACAAGAAGGAGAGCACAGACUCGGACGCCAAGGUGGCGUGGAUGUUGCGUGAGCACGAGUGGAUCUCAUCCGAGCGGCACCUGUUUGGCCAGGCCAACUCUGCGUACGACUUCAAGGCCAACAACCCCCAGGAGGCCGGCCAGAGACUCAGGAAGCUGGAGGAGACCAAGGAGAAGCUGGAGAGGAACGUCAACCGCAGAGCCAUGAACAUGCUGAGCGAAGCAGAGGAGAGGUAUAAUGACCUGAAGAAAAAGAAGCGUAUUGUGGAGAACGACAAGGCCAAGAUCCUGGAGACCAUCAAGGAGCUGGACGAGAAGAAGAACCAGGCUCUCAACGUGGCCUGGCAGAAGGUGAAUAAGGACUUUGGUUCCAUUUUCUCCACACUGCUGCCGGGAGCUGAUGCUCGUCUGGCGCCCCCCGAAGGCUGCGGAGUGCUGGACGGCCUGGAGUUCAAGGUGGCCCUUGGCAACACUUGGAAGGAGAACCUGACCGAGCUCAGUGGGGGUCAAAGGUCUCUGGUGGCUCUGUCCCUGAUCCUGGCCAUGCUGCUGUUUAAGCCGGCCCCCAUCUACAUCCUGGACGAGGUGGACGCAGCCCUCGACCUCUCUCACACCCAGAACAUUGGACAGAUGCUGCGCACUCACUUCACACACUCACAGUUCAUUGUGGUGUCCCUGAAGGAUGGCAUGUUCACCAAUGCCAACGUCCUUUUCAAGACUAAAUUUGUGGAUGGUGUUUCCACGGUGACGCGCACAGCCCAAGCCCAGGAGGGCAAAGGUCACAGGGGUCAGCAGGACAAGGCCAAGCAGCUCAAGGAGAAGCGGCGCCAGAUCAUGGCCACCUGAUAAUAGCCACCUACAUCCUGUCUCUCACCCUCCACUUCCUGUUUCUCUCUGUCUGUGUGAGGGGUUUUUAAAUAGAUGUCUAAAUCACUCCCAUACAUCUGACCCAAGAUGACUCUAAAACGGGAACCUAGCUUGUAAGAACGUAAGAAUGGUAAUCAAGCAAAAUUUCUGUUUUAGGAGUGGGAUUUGGGCGUUCACUUGGUCUGUUUCUGUCUGUAUUUUUACUGUCUUUUUUGUCUGUGGUUUUUCAUGGCCUUUCCAUGUUUUCAAUGUUUGUGCUCCAUUUUACUGUUUUGCUUUUUUUGUCUCCAUUAUGUACAAACCAUCUUAUGUUUUUUAAUAAUAUCUGUACUAUUUUAAACACCAUCAAAUUCUAUCAGGAUUAAUUAAAAAUAAAAAAACAAUUUCUAAAACGUAACCAA